CAGACCCGCGCACGCACAGGGGCAGCCGGGCGCUUGAGCCAUGAUUGCCGCGGCUUUCCUGGUCCUGCUGAGACCCUACAGCAUCCAGUGCGCCCUCUUCUUGCUCCUGCUGCUGCUGGGGACCAUUGCCACGAUUUUAUUCUUCUGCUGCUGGCACCGCAGGCUCCAGAAAGGGAGGCAUCCCAUCAAAUCCGUCUUUUCAGGUCGCUCGAGGAGCCGAGAUGCUGUCAUGAGAACUCAUCACUUUCGCUCUGAGGGCUUUAGAUCAAGCCCUCGCCAUGCCAGAAGACGAGUGACACCUCGCCUGGAGGAAACACAACCCAUAGUGGAAGCUCACCACCUCAGUGAGCAGGAAACUUCUGUAAGGAAAAGAAAAAUCAAGAAAAGCAGUCGAGUCCAACCAGAAUUUUACCAUUCUGUUCAAGUCACCCCAACUCGAAAACCUAGCUCCGGCAACGCGUCCUACCGAUGCUCCAUGUCGUCCUCCGCCGAUUUCUCCGACGAGGAGGACUUCAGCCAGAGGUCGGGGACGGUGUCGCCAGCGCCGGGGGACACACUGCCCUGGAACCUGCCCAAACACGAGCGGUCCAAGCGGAAGAUCCAGGGCGGCUCGGUGUUGGACCCCGCCGAGCGGGCCGUGCUGCGCAUCGCCGAUGAGCGUGACAAAGUACAAAAGAAGACAUUCACAAAAUGGAUAAAUCAGCAUCUCAUGAAGGUUCGAAAGCAUGUGAAUGACCUAUAUGAAGACCUAAGAGAUGGACAUAACUUAAUCUCACUUCUAGAAGUCCUUUCUGGAGACACCUUGCCCCGAGAAAAAGGUCGGAUGCGGUUUCACAGACUGCAGAACGUCCAAAUUGCACUUGACUAUUUGAAAAAGCGCCAGGUGAAACUGGUUAACAUCAGAAAUGAUGAUAUAACAGAUGGGAAUCCCAAACUGACUUUGGGGUUGAUAUGGACCAUAAUUUUGCACUUUCAGAUAUCUGAUAUCCAUGUUACUGGGGAGUCAGAGGAUAUGUCUGCUAAAGAGAGACUGCUCCUGUGGUCACAGCAAACAACAGAGGGUUAUGCUGGAAUACGUUGUGAAAAUUUCACUACCUGCUGGCGCGAUGGAAGGUUAUUUAAUGCCAUCAUUCAUAAAUACAGGCCGGACCUGAUAGACAUGAAUACCGUUGCUGUUCAAAGCAACCUUGCAAAUUUAGAACAUGCUUUUUUUGUAGCAGAAAAACUUGGUGUUGCCAGACUCCUGGAUCCUGAAGAUGUUGAUGUUUCCUCACCUGAUGAGAAGUCAGUAAUAACUUAUGUGUCAUCACUUUAUGAUGCAUUUCCCAAAGUACCAGAAGGUGGUGAAGGCAUCAGUGCAAAUGAUGUUGAAGUCAAAUGGGUUGAAUAUCAGAAUAUGGUGAACUACCUCAUGCAGUGGAUCAGACAUCAUGUCACGAUAAUGUCUGACAGAACAUUUCCCAAUAAUCCUGUGGAGUUGAAGGCACUUUAUAAUCAAUAUUUACAGUUUAAAGAAACAGAAAUUCCACCGAAGGAGACAGAUAAAUCAAAAAUCAAACAUCUAUAUAAACUGCUAGAGGUCUGGAUAGAAUUUGGACGCAUCAAACUUUCUCAAGGCUACCAUCCAAAUGAUAUAGAAAAAGAAUGGGGAAAGCUAAUUAUUGCCAUGCUGGAAAGAGAGAAGACCCUUCGGCCUGAAGUGGAGAGAUUGGAAAUGCUGCAGCAAAUUGCAAACAGAAUCCAACGGGACAGCCGGAGCUGUGAGGACAAACUGAUACUUGCCCGGAAUGCUCUGCAGUCUGACACCAAGCGAUUGGAGUCAGGGCUCCAGUUCCAACAUGAAGCAGAGAUAGCUGGGUAUCUUCUUGAAUCUGAGAAUCUUCUCCGCCAGCAAGUGAUUGAUGCCCAAAUUCUUAUUGAUGGAAAAUACUAUCAAGCAGACCAGCUUGUUCAAAGAGUUGCAAAACUUCGUGAUGACCUGAUGGCCAUACGGACUGAAUGUUCUUCUGUGUACAACAAGGGGCACGGGCUGACCACAGAGCAGACAAAGCUGAUGAUAUCAGGAAUAACUGAAAGCUUAAACUCAGGAUUUACAACAAACCUAACGCCUGAAUUAAAUGCUGCAAUGACACAAGGUUUAACACCUACUUUGGCUUCUUCCAGUUUGACAUCUGGCCUCUCAUCAGGUCUUACUUCCAGACUGACACCAACCAUCACUCCCGCUUACCCAUCAGGCGUCCCACCACGGUUAAUUCAGAGCUAUGUGACAGGAGUAGACAGUGGGACUCUGCAAACACUCAAACUGAUGCAAAUCAGAAAACCUCUUAUGAAAUCAGCUUUUGUGGAUCAGAAUUUGACAGAAGAAGAGGUGAACAUGAAGUUUGUCCAGGACCUAUUGAGCUGGGUGGAAGAAAUGCAGGUUCAACUUGAUCGAGUAGAAUGGGGUUCAGAUUUGCCAAGUGUUGAAAGCCAUUUAGAAAAUCACAAAAAUGUCCACAAAGCUAUUGAGGAAUUUGAAUCCAGCCUUAAAGAAGCCAAACUGAGUGAGAUCCAAAUGACUGCCCCUCUUAAACUCACUUACGCAGAAAAACUGCACAAACUGGAGAGUCAGUAUUCAAAACUCUUGAACACAUCAAGAAAUCAAGAAAGGCAUCUAGAUACUCUUCACAAUUUUGUGUCUCGUGCUACUAGAGAGUUGAUAUGGCUGAAUGAAAAAGAAGAGGAAGAGGUUGCAUAUGACUGGAGUGAAAGAAACCCCAAUAUAACAAGAAAAAAGGAAUACCAUGCAGAAUUAAUGAGAGAACUUGAUGAAAAAGAAGAAGUUAUUAAAUCAGUACAAGAAAUAGCUGAGCAAUUGCUUCUUGAAAACCACCCAGCCAGGCUAACCAUUGAGGCCUAUAGAGCUGCAAUGCAGACACAAUGGAGUUGGAUUCUUCAGCUCUGCCACUGUGUUGAACAACAUUUGAGAGAAAAUGCUGCAUAUUUUGAGUUUUUCAGUGAUGCCAAAGAAGCCAUGGAAUAUUUGAAGAAUUUAAAAGAUACCAUAUACCGAAAAUACAGUUGUGAUAGAUCAAGCAGUCUUCAUAGGCUGGAAGACCUUGUCCAGGAGUCUAUGGAAGAAAAAGAACAACUCUUGCAGUAUAAGAGCACAGUAGCAGGCCUUGUGGGAAGAGCAAAGGCAAUAAUUCAGCUGAAGCCAAGGAACCCUGACUGUGUACUCAAAACAUCCAUUCCAAUUAAAGCCAUCUGUGACUAUAGACAAAUUGAGAUAACUAUUUACAAAGAUGAUGAGUGUGUAUUAGCAAACAACUCCCAUCGUGCUAAAUGGAAAGUCAUUAGCCCAAGUGGUAAUGAGGCCAUGGUUCCAUCUGUGUGCUUUACAGUUCCUCCACCAAACAAAGAAGCAAUAGAUACAGCCAACAGGAUUGAACAGCAAUUCCAGAAUGUUCUGGCCCUUUGGCAUGAGUCACAUGUAAACAUGAAGAGUGUGGUGUCCUGGCAUUACCUGACAAAUGAAAUUGAAGUUGUUCGAGCUGGCAAUGUUGCCUCGAUAAAGACAAUGCUGCCAGGUGAACAUCAGCAGGUUCUAAGCAAUUUACAGUCCCGCUUUGAUGAUUUUGUGGAAGACAGCCAGGAGUCCAAAAUCUUUACAAGUUCUGAUACAGCACAGCUGGAAAGGGAAGUUAAUGUUUGCAAGCAAUACUAUCAAGAGCUUCUGAAGUCUGCAGAAAGAGAGGAGCAGGAAGAAUCUAUUUAUAAUUUGUACAUCUCUGAAGUCAGAAAUAUCAGACUACGACUGGAGAGUUGUGAGGAGCGGUUAAUACGGCAGAUCCGGACGCCAAUGGAGAGGGAUGAUGUACAUGAAAAUGUGCUUAGGAUUUCAGAGCAAGAGAAAUUGAAGAAAGAACUGGAUCGACUCAAGGAUGACUUGGGAGUCAUCACGGAUAAAUGUGAAGAGUUUUUCAGUCAAGCUGCUGGUUCCCCUUCAGUCCCUACUCUGCGCUCUGAACUCAAUGUUGUUAUACAAAACAUGAACCAAGUUUACUCCAUGUCUUCUAUUUUCAUAGAUAAAUUAAAAACAAUCAAUUUGGUGCUGACAAACACCCAAACAGCAGAAUCAUUAGUAAAACACUAUGAAACUAAGUUGUGUGAAGAAGAGGCAGUAACGGCUGACAAAAACAAUAUUGAAAAUCUGAUGGGUACAUUAAAGCAAUGGAGAUCUGAAGUAGAUGAGAAAAGACAAACAUUCCAUGCCUUAGAGGAUGAGCUGCAGAAGGCAAAGAUGAUCAGUGAUCAGAUGUUUAAAAUGCACAAGGAACGUGAUCUUGACUUCGACUGGCACAAAGAAAAAGUUGAUCAGUUGGCUGAGAGGUGGCAAAAUGUUCAUUCUCAAAUUGAAAAUAGGUUGCGUGACUUAGAAGGUAUUAAUAAAUCUCUGAAGUAUUAUAAAGAUACUUACAAUUCUUUGGACACUUGGAUUCAACAAGUGGAAGACACUCAGCGAAAGAUUCAAGAAAUACAUCCUGAAAAUAGCAAAGCAUUGGCUAAGCAAUUGAACCAACAUAAGAUGCUGGUUUCUGAGAUUGAAAUGAAACAAAGCAAAAUAGAUGAAUGCCAGAAGUAUUCAGAACAAUACUCAGCUGCUGUGAAGGACUAUGAGUUGCAGACUAUGACCUACAGAGCUAUGGUGGACUCCCAACAAAAAUCUCCAGUAAAACGCCGAAGAAUGCAAAGCUCAUCAGACUUCAUUAUUCAAGAGUUCAUGGAUCUACGGACUCGGUACACUGCCUUAGUGACCUUGAUGACCCAAUACAUUAAAUUUGCAGGUGAUUCUUUAAAAAGACUGGAGGAGGAAGAGAAAUCAAUGGAAGAGGAAAAGAAGGAACAUGUUGAGAAAGCUGGGGAUUUACUGAAAUGGGUAUCAAACCUCAGCAAGACACUCAGCAAAGAAGAAGGAGAAAAGGCUGAAAAGACAGAUUUACCUAAGCAGCAGGUUUCCCUUCAUGAAAUGUCAACCAAGAAAGAACAAAUAGCUGAAGCUCUGCAGACUACUCAGUCAUUUUUAGCUAAGCACAGUGACAAAAUGACAGAUGAAGAGAGACAUGAAAUGGAAAAGCAAGUUAGAUCUCUUCAGGAAAGCUACAGCUUGUUAUCCAACGAAGCUUUGAAGCAGCUGCAGGAAGCACAUCUGGGUGAUGAAAAGAUGGAAGAAAAGGUGAAUAAAGUCAUUGCUGGUGUCAUUGACCAAACAACUGGAGAAGUCCUUUCAGUCUUUCAGUCUAUUUUAAGAGGUUUUCUUGACUAUGACACUGGAAUUAGAUUGCUUGAGAAUCAGCUGAUUCUUUCUGGAAUAAUUUCUCCAGAAUUAGGAGUGUGUUAUGAUUUGGAAGAAGCUAAAGCCCAUGCCUUAAUUGAUGAGCAGAUUCUGUUGCAGCUGCAAGAAUUAAGUAAUGCAAAGAAGCUUAUGUCAGAAUCAUCAUUAGCAAAUAUUCCAGUUGUUUCAGCUUUAGAACAAGGUUUAAUUUCAGAACCUCUGGCUGUUAAAAUUCUUGAGAAUCAGCUUUCAAGUGGGUAUUUGAUUUUGCCAUCUACUAGAGAAAAGCUGUCUUUGCAGAAUGCUUUCCAGAGAAAUCUCAUUUCUCCAACAUUAUAUUCCAAACUCCUGGAAAGACAAGAUACGUGUAAAGAUCUCAUAGACCCCAACUGUGCUGAGAAAAUUUCCCUUGAACAGAUGGUUCAUAGAAGCAUAAUACAUGAAGCAACAGGGUUAAGACUCCUACCUGUGAAACCACAAGAAAAAGGGAGAAUUGUGUUCAAAUGUGGAAGGAGGGUAACUAUAUUGAGGGCAGCCCAUGAAGGGCUCAUUGAUAGGGAAACAAUGUUCAGGCUGCUGGGUGCUCAGUUAAUGUCUGGAGGUAUCAUUGACCCUGACUCAGGGAAACGAAUGACUGUGGAAGAGGCCAUGAGACAAGGGAUGAUAGAUCAGGACACUGCUUGUGGGAUCCUCACACGUCAGGUUCAGAGUGGUGGAAUCCUUUGUCAAAAUUCAGGACAACGCUUGACUGUUGAUGAAGCUGUGCAAUGCAACUUAAUAUCAUCUACCAGUGCUCUGCUGGUAUUAGAAGCUCAGAGAGGCUUUGUGGGUCUAAUUUGGCCUCACACUGGUGAAAUAUUCCCUGUAUCAACUUCUUUGCACCAAGAUAUGAUUACAAAUGAGCUGGCAUUCAAAAUACUGAAUGAUAGAAAGAAAAUAGCUGCACUUUACAUUCCAGAAACUUGUGAAAUAAUCAGUCUUGACAAGGCUGCAGAAUCAGGGAUUAUAGACAGUAAUACUGUAUCUGUUUUGACCAAUGUGACUUUACCAGAUAAAAUGCCCAAUGUAGAAGAAUUAAAGUCCCUUUGUAAAAAUGCUGCAAAAUGGUUAUCCACUUACGAAUUUCUGCCAUCUGUAUUUCAUGACUGUGAGGGGGAACAUGAAGUUUCUGGCACAGAAGACCCUGUAUGUCAUAAUCUAGAUGAAGCUAAGAAACUAUUCAUGUCUUACCUGAUGGUAAAUAGUUAUAUGGAUGCAAACACUGGGCAGAGACUUUUGUUGUAUGAUGGAAAACUGGAAGAAAUCAUCAGUAUGUUGCUGGAAGGUGAUAGUGCUGGGUAUGAUGCUGGUGUGUCAGAAAUGGAGUUCAGUAACAAAUAUGUAAGUUCAAAAGGAAUUCACCUAAAGUCAGCAGACAGUGUUCAGGGUGAUUUUUCAGGUGCUGAAAAUUCUUGUAAUAACAGGAUAUGUAAUCAAUCUGAUGAUUUUGAGAAUUACGUAUCUUCACACGAAGAUCCCCAUAUGUGCAGGCCAGAUGUUUGCAAUACUCUUGGUACUGAGCAAUCAGAAUAUACACAGGAGAUGCAGUUAACUAUCCCUGCAGAACUCAGAAAUGUAGUAAGCAGCACUCAAAAUUCCAUGAAGAGAAAUGAACUCAGGGGGUUUUUUGAAAUUUCUGAGUGGACAGAACUCUGUAAGCAUAACAAUGAGCAGACACAUUCAGGAAGCAUUGAAGGAUAUCUUCCAAAUGACUCAAAUACAAGACUUUUAUCACAAACAGCAAAGGAAGAGAUUUGUGUGGGAGACAGUCUGGAUAAUGAAAACAUGAAUGAUAAAACAUUACAAAAUUCCUUGAGUGUGAAUUAUUUGUCAGAUAAAGAAACAUGGAGGGAGCUGGAAAGGUGCACAGACUAUGGGCCUCCCAUAUUUCAAGCUGAUGUUAGCAGAAUGGUACUGGAUAACAGCAAGAAAGAUAAUUUUCAGAGAAGUCUUGAUUCAUCCAUCACUGCAGACACUGAAUAUAGACUUCCAGAAGAAUUGGUUAGUCAAUGUGGUGUCACGCCAAAGUAUGAAGACAAUAGAUAUGGUGCACAACUUCUUCAGGAAUAUGCAGGUCCAUCCCUACAGGACUGUCUUUAUAUCCAUGGAAGGCCAUCCCUGGAGGAUUGUGCUGAUUUUCAGAAUAAACUGUGUCUAGAAGACAGCACAGACAUGCACCAUAGGCUUUCAUUGGGUGGUGAUAGUGUCACACAUGAUGGACCACCUCUGGGGGACAGUGACAGCACAGCACAAAGGCUGACAGUAGAAGAAAGUGAUCUUAUAUUCCACAGGUUACUGCCAUGUGACAGUAGUUCUGACUCAUCAAUAGAGGAGGGUGAUGGCAUCCCACAGCUUGAGAGUAACUGCUUGCAGCAUGCAUGUGGUGAGGUAGCCUCUGAAGAGGACAGCUCUCAGUUGGAUGAUGGUGAUGAUGAUGCCUAUGAAACACCUCAGGGUGAUGAUGACAGCGAUGUCUAUGAUACUCCACAAAUUGAUGAUGAUGAUGAUUCCUCUGACACUUCUCAAGGUGAUGAGGGGUUUAACACCUUGCAGUUGGGGGAUGAUGAUACACCAGAGCCAGAAUUGGCUGGAAGAUCAGUUCCAUUAGGUUUUCUGGAGGAGAGAGGCGGUCGAAUAACCCUAAGAGAAGAGACCAGCUCUUUUCAAGAACUUGCAGCUAAUGCUGGAGAGAAUGUUCAUGUAAAUGUGAAUGGGCAACCUCAGAGCAUAACUACAGCUUCUGCAAAUGCCAAAACUAUGGAAAAAAUCCUUGAGGAGAGGGAAAGAACAGGGAGUUUUGGAGAGAAGGAGCUAGACUUACCAGUUACUGUUGAGAGUGAAGGAACAAAGGAAGGAGGCAUGAGCUAUUUACAGAAUAUGUAUGAAGCAGAUGUACAACACAGGAAUGAGGAAGUUGAAAUGAAAGCAGAAGGUGACCUGUGUGAGGAGGAAUCUGAAGGUACACAGGAGGGGGAAGAUUAUGAGGAGGAUUAUGAUAGUUGUGAUGACUCUGACACUGAUUCUGACAGUGAAGAUGAAAUGGAUAUUUUUUAUUCACAUCAUCAAUGUAUAAGUAAAGGUGACCAGCUGUUAACGUCUGUAGAAGAUGUAGAAAGGAGCAAUGAAAACAAUCAGAAUAUUGAUGACUGCUGCUGUCCUUUAGACCACAAGACAGGAUAUACUUUGCAAUUCCAGUCUAACCAUGAAAAUGGAAAACUAUCCUCAGUAAUAUGUGAAUCAAUGUCAAAUAUUUCUGAAGAAAAACGUGUUGGUCUUUCAUGUACCAGUAAGGAAGCCAGACAGCAGGAAACAGAAGAUGAAUAUGGAACUUGUAUCAAAAGUGAACACAUGCCACAAGAUACUACUGAGCCUAUUCACUCUGAAAAUACCUCUGACACUAAAUGGAUGUCCACUAAGAGUGAAGAGAAUAAUGAAACACAGUUUGGAGUUCCAGGUUCUCAGCUUCUUGAUGGUACUGUGAAAUCUGAGGUUAGUGUGACAGCCUACCUACAACAAGCUGUUGAUGACGACCAAAGUACCUGGACAAAUUUGCUUCUCUCAGAAUGCUUUACUGAUAGUGUGAACAAAGACAAUAGUACCAUGCCAAUGUUAGAUUCAAAUCCUGGACAGAGAGAGGCACUGCUUGCAGAGGGAAAACUAUUAAAUUAUAUGGAACAGCUAAAGGAAAGUUCAUCCCAAAUGGACAAUAAAUUCCUUACAGAUGCCCAUUAUGUGAGUGAUAGUAUUUCACUUAGGGACCCAAUACAUCCGGUCACCAGUUGGAAGCAUGGUCAAAUAGAAAGAGGUUUUGAAAUUCUUACAGAAAAUAAAAGUAGAGUAAAUAUUGUGGAGGAAUGUGAUGUCAUGGGGCUAAGUAAUAGUCCCAUUCAGAUAGAAAACCUUGGGGAAAUAUUUGAUGCAACAGUAAUUAAAGCUUCUAGAGAAACUCCUGCUGCAAGUAAAGAAAAAGUAAAUGUUCAUCAAGGUUUUCUUGACAUUCAAGGGGCAAGAUCAGAUGAAUUUAAGAGAGAUGGUAUCAUUUCUGCUUCUUUAAAACAACAUACAACAUGCAUAAAAGAAGGUGGCCAUUCAGAACUCAAUAAAACUGAAUUCUCUUUUGAGGACAUGGAAAGAGGGGAAAAAGGUAUACGGAAUGAAAAGUAUUUUCUCCUAAAUAUGGAAGAAAUGCAUUCAAGUGAAUGUAACACUUACUCUUUUCCCCCACCUGAUACAGUGAAACCAAAGGAGAUUAGCAUAACUAAAGAAACAGGGAGACUUAACUGUCAAAAUACUGACAAUGUUCUUCUAGACAUUCCAGAAAACAAAAGCAGCAAUGAUAGUGAAAUUUCCCCCACAAAACCAGAUGCUUUAGGAAGUAUUGAGGAUGCCAAAGAGUUAGGGGAUGGAAGUGAAGUGUUACCUACUGGGAGAAAUACCCAUACCACUGAUGUUUCUUCUGCAAUUCUGAGUAGCACAGGGACUAAGUUGAAUUACAGUGCCCAGAACAAACAUGAGAUGCUGAAAAACACAAAAGGAGAAAAUGUCAUGGUCAAUGAGACUUCCUCCCUUGGAAAUGGUUUCAAAAAACAAAUGUCCAUGGAGUCAUUGCAAAAAGAAAUGGGCUCCUGCAAAGACUUUCAAGUAAAGGAAGGCCUUUCACAAUCAGCAGAUGUGUCUGACACACUAAUGGAAGACUUACAGAAUAUGUUACAAAGGAAAUUGAAAAUGGGACACGUUUACUGCAAGCAGGAAGGUGAACCCCUAAGUUACUCUGACACCAGAACUUUAAUGCAAAAUUUACUUAAAAUGGUUCAAAGCACUCAGCUUGAGAGUGAAAUGUCUAGUGGGUCAAAUCUGAAGCAAAUAAGCAAUGCUGUUAGAACUGCAUUAAUGGUCACCGCGCUGUGUACAGAGCCCAAGGACAGUGAUGCUCCUUCACUGCUUUGGCCUGAUUGCAGAAGUCCUGAUCUUCUUCAUGAUAUUCUAAAGCAGGAAUCCUGCAAGCAAAAGACAGCUGAUUCAGAUGAAAGGAAGAGUGAAACAGACAUGAAAGCCCCUGUUCCCAAGCUUGCUACCACUGAACUUCUGGAAAUUUUUCAAAUCUCACUUCGAGAUGAAAGUACAAGCAAGUUAGGGGAGCUGAUAAAUGGCUUGCUUAGGAGUUCACGGGUUGCUGGUACCACCACAGAGCAUGAGAGUAAAGGCAAAGGAGAUGGGCUUUAUUCUCUUUCCUCAACAGAACGAUCAGAACUUGGAUCAGAAAUUGAUGAAGAGAAAACAUUGGCAGAUAAUACAACCACUACUUGGAAAAGUGAUGGAGAGCAUGGGAAGACAGAAAGCCUGUUCAAAGACUUUACUGACCCUGUUUUGAAAACAGAAGAAGCAGUCAUGGGAGACACCCCCACUAGCAUGUUUGAUGGAGUACAGCAAUGUUUAAAGUUAACAGAAAAAAUGCAAGAACAUUUGGCAGUGCUUCAAGACAUGAAAAACCACCUAGAUAAACAGCAGCCUAUUAGUAACAGCCUGGAAAUACUAAAAGCUGAACUGGAACAGCUAGAGUCAUUUGAAUCAGGACUGGCUACCUUUGCAAUUAUCCUAAAAAAGGACAUGAAGCUGGCAGAAGAAUUCUUAAAGUCUUGUAACAGGGAUAUUCCAGAAGAGAAAGAGCUAAAGAUAAGCUAUGACUCUUUGCAGGAAGCAUUUUUGGUGGUCUGUGAUAGAUCUUCAAAACGAGCAAAACAAAUAGUCUGCGCUGUUGACUUGGAAAUGUCUAAGCUUGCAGGAUUACACCAGCAACUUUUAAACCAACUGCAGAGAUUUUCAGACUGGAUCACAGAGAACAAUAAAAUCAUGAAUGACUUCACAAUGAAUACUAAUGACAUAGAAGAGAUGAAGAAAAGUUUACAGCUAUUUAAAAACAGUGCUGCAGAGCUCAGCUGUAAAAAAAUGCAACUGGAGUCCACUGCGUUUGAUGUUCAGUUCUUCAUUUCUGAACAUGCUGAAGAUCUUUCUCCUAAUCAGAGCAAACAGCUGUUGAGGCUCUUAAAUACCACCCAGAAAUCUUUUCAGGAAGCACAGGAAGCAGUAACUUCUCAAGUGGAAAGUUUAGAGACUCAGUUACAGGCAGUGCAAAAGCUGGGUGAUCAGAAGGAUGUGGCUGAACGGCAGCAGGAAUGCAAAGAGAAACUGCAGGAAAUCUGUGAUUUGCUUACACAGACUGAAAAUCGACUCAUCGGACAGCGACAGUCUCUUGUUAUUGGAGACAGCAAGGCUGAGCUGGAACAAUACCAGACCAAACAGGAGGAGAUACAAAAAGACAUGAGAACAAGUGCCCAGACUCUGGCAGAGAUUGUGAAAAAUACUGAAGCCUUCUUGAAAGAAAAUGGAGAAAAGUUGUCACAAGAAGACAAGACUGUUCUGGAACAGAAACUAAAUGAAGCUAAGACAAAGUGUUUGCUCCUUAGCCAGAAGGCAGAAGAGUCCAAAAAAGAACUGGAUAAAGCUAUGACAACAGCAAUUAAGCAGGAAACAGAAAAGGUUGCAGCCAUAGAACAGCUGGAAGAAAGUAAAAAUACAAUAGAAAACCUUUUGGAUUGGUUAUCAAAUGUGGAUAAAGAAGCAGAGCAUGGCCGGAAAUUUAAGCAAGUGAUAGAACAGAAUGGAACACACUUUGAAGAAGGAGAUGUGAAAGUUUUGGAAGGAGAGGAGGAUGAUGUUAAUGGGAAUCUGCUGGAAAUGCAGCAAGACAUUGAAACUCAGGUGGAUGGACUAGUGAAAAGCAUCGAUGAUAAUCUGAACCAGCAGUAUCAGAAAGUCAAGGCUCAACAUGAGAAAAUUAUUUCACAGCAGCAGGCUAUCAUAGUAGCAACUCAGUCUGCUCAGGCACUGCUUGAAAAGCAAGGGCAUUACCUUACCCCUGAAGAAAAAGACAAGAUGCAAAGGAACAUGAAAGAGCUGAAGGCUCAGUAUGAGACUGCUUUGGCUGAAUCAGAACGAAAAAUGAAAUUGACCCAUUCUCUAAGGGAAGAACUGGAGAAAUUCGAUGCAGACUAUAGUGAAUUUGAAACGUGGCUGCAGCAGGCAGAACAAGAACUUGACAAUUUGGAGGCAGGGGCUUCUGACUUCAGUGGUAUUAUGGUCAAAUUGAAAAGACAGAAGAGUUUUUCAGAAGAUGUUAUAUCUCACAAAGGUGAUUUACGCUAUAUUACAAUUUCUGGACAAAGAGUUUUGGAUGCUGCAAGGUCAUGUAGCAAAAGAGAUGGUGUGAAGGUUGACAAAGAUGGUAUUGAUACUUCGGCUACAUAUGCUGAAGUACAAAACAAACUGGAUAAAGCUUCAGAUCGCUUCAAAUCUCUCUAUACCAAGUGUAGCAUCCUUGGAAAUAACCUUAAAGACUUGGUAGAUAAAUACCAGCAUUAUGAAGAUGCCUCAUCUGGACUUUUGUCAGGUCUCCAGGCCUCUGAAAUAGCUGUGAACAAACAACUGUCAGAGCCAAUUGCAGUGGAUCCCAAAAAUCUCCAAAGACAACUUGAAGAAACCAAGGUUCUUCAGGGACAAGUGUCUAACCACCAAAUUGCUGUAGAAAAACUGAAAAAAGCGGCUGAAGUGUUAUUGGACACGAGGGGAGAGUUGACACCAGACAAAGAUGAGAUUCAGAAAACACUGGAUGAUAUCGUGGAAAGAUAUGACAAUUUAUCCAAAUCUGUGAAUGAAAGGAAUGAGAAGCUUCAAGUAACUCUGACACGAUCCCUAAGUGUGCAGGAUGGUUUGGAUGAAAUGCUUGAUUGGAUGGAAGGAGUUGAAAAGAGCCUUAAAGAACAAGACCAAGUGCCUUUGAAUUCUGCUGCUAUUCAGGACAUUAUUAGUAAAAGCAUUAUGCUAGAACAAGACAUUGCAGGUCGCCAAAGUAGUAUAAACACUAUGAAUGAAAAAGUGAAGAAGUUCAUGGAAACAGCAGAUCCAUCCACUGCAUCCACACUGCAAGCGAAAAUGAGUGAGCUUGCAGGACGGUUUUCUGAAGCAAGUAACAAGCACAGAGAGAAGCUUAUGAAAAUGGAGGAAUUGAAGACUAAAGUGGAGUUAUUUGAAGGUCUUUCAACAAAACUUCAAUCAUUUUUAGAUGAGAAAAACCAGGCUCUAAGUGAGACGGAGGCACCCAGAAAGGAUGUUAGUGAAGUGUCUCAAUACAUGCAGGAAGCAAGUGUAGAAUUGGCACAACACAAGAAGGAUCUGGAAGUUUUGAAGCAGGUCCUUGAAGAACUUUCAUUCCAUGCUCUUCCUGGAGAUAAAGCACUGGUAUCAGAAAAAGUAAAUGCUUUGUCAAAGAAAUUCAAAGAGGUAGAGGAGACAAUAAAAGAAAAAGAAGAGGAUGUAUCAUCUUGUCAGAAACAAAUGGAUGCUUUUGAGCUCCUUGUAGAAUCAUUAAAGAAAUGGAUAAAAGAGACGACAGAACGAAUUCCAGCAGCACAGCCCUCUCUGAAUACAGAGGAGUUAAAGAAACCUUUGGAAGAUACAUUGAAUUUAAAAGAUGAGUGGACGUUAAAGGCACCUGAACUGCAGAAAAUGAAUAGCAGAGGAACUUUGCUGUGUAACUUAAUCACUGCAGUGACUUCUCCUGCAAAACUGAGAGCAGUUGCCAAAUCAGGUGGCACAAUUUUAAAUGGUGAAGGAGGAGCUCCAGGAACUCAGGAUUUCUUGAAAAAUAAAGAACUGACAACUGUUCAACAAGCUAUGUCUAAUGUAAAUCACAGCUAUGAAGAUUUGGGAGUUUUAUUGAAUGAAAAGAUUUCAGAACUAGAAAGUAUGCUUUCAAAAAUGCAAAAUAUUCAGGAAGAAUCGGCCUCAAUGAUGCAUUGGUUGCAAAAAAUGGACAAAACUGCAUCAGACUGGGAAGCUGCUCCAACAGAUAGUGAAGCAGUUAAAGCCCAAGUUGAACAACAUAAGCUUUUUGAAACUGAACUAAAGCAAAGUGCAAAUAAAGUGCAGGAACUGAAGGACAAAGUUACAGAGCUGUUGGAGAAGAACCCUAACUCUCCUGAGGCACCUAAGUGGAGACAAACAUUGGAUAAAAUAGAUUCCAAAUGGAAAGAACUCAAUCAAGUUACAUCUGAGAGACAACAAAAACUGGAGGAGUCUUCAAAUUACCUGAUCCAGUUCCAGACAGCAGAAGCUCAGCUAAAGCACUGGCUUGUAGAAAAGGAGCUAAUGGUCAGUGUGCUGGGACCAUUAUCAAUUGAUCCUAAUAUGCUGAAUACACAAAAGCAACAGGUUCAGAUUCUUCUCAAAGAGUUUGACACCAGAAAGCCACAAUAUGAGCAGUUAACUAUCGCUGGGCAGGGGAUUCUGGAGAGACCUGGUGAACAUCCACCCUCCCAUGAAAUUGUAAAAGAGCAACUGGCAGCUGUGGCACAAAAGUGGGACAGUCUAACCAGCCAGCUGAAGAAGAGAUGUGACCGGAUUGACCAAGCCAUUGUGAAAAGCACAGAGUAUCAAAGUUUACUCAGGAGUCUCUCUGAUAAACUAAGUGCCUUGGAUAGUAAACUCAGCAGCAGCCUGGCUGUGAGUACACAACCUGAUGCUGUGAAACAACAGCUGGAAAUUGCUAAAGAAAUGAAGGAGGAAAUAGAACUGGAAAUGAAGAAUAUAAGUGCAGCACAAGCUCUUUGUGAAGAGCUGUCAACACUGGUUGGGGAAGAGUAUUUGAAAGCAGAACUUACAAGACAGUUAGACGGCAUCUUAAAAUCAUUUAAGGAUAUUGAGCAAAAAUCAGAUAACCAUGUUCAGCAGCUUCAGUCAGCGUACGCCACUUCUCAUCAGUUCCAGCAGAUGUCUAAGGACUUUGAGGCCUGGCUAAGCAAAAAGAAAGAAGAGCUGAACCAGGCUCGUCCUGUGUCAGCCAAACUUGAUGCCUUGCAAUCACUAAUUGAAGAACAGAAAGAUUUUAAGAAGACAAUGACUGAUCAGAUUAGUUCCUAUGAAAGAAUUGUUGCAGAAGGAGAAAGUAUCUUACAGAAGACUCAAGGAGAUGACAAAGCAGAGUUACAAUCCCAAAUUGCCACACUCAAGAAUAAGUGGGAUGAAAUGAAUAAACAAGUAAAAGAAAGGGAAGAUAAAUUAGCAGAUUGUCUGGAGAAAGCCCUCAAAUAUAAGCAGCAUGUAGAAAAUCUGCAGCCAUGGAUAGAGAAGUGCCAAAGCAACCUGUGUGAAUUGAAAGUUGGCAUAAACCCUGUUGAAAUAGAGGAUUCUAUAGUUCAGGUGAGGGCAUGGCAGAAGGACCUGGAUAAACACCAUGGGGUGGUGGAGCUAUUAAAUAAUUCUGCUGAAAGUUUGCUCAGUGCAAGUCAAAUAGAUAAAGAAAUUAUUCAAGAAGAAACUAAGGUGCUGAAUCAGAAUGUGAAAGUGGUUACAGAACAGUUACAUAAGAAGAGAGAAUGCUUGGAAAACAUGGCACAAAGACUGAAAGAGUUUCAGGACUCAUCCAGGGAAACUGAAAGACAGCUUAAAAGUGCCAAAGAGCAUCUGGAAGCUCAUGACUCACUUGGACCUCAGUCAUUCAGUAACAAACACCUGACAAUGAUGCAGGCCCAGCAGAAAGCCUUGCAAGCUUUAAAGCCUCACGUUGACUUAGCAAAAAAGCUUGCCCAAGACCUGGUGGUAGAAGCUUCUGACUCAGCAGGUGUUUCUGACCUCUUACUCCAAGCUGAAUCUUUGGAGCAAGAAUACGCUGCAGUGAAGCAGCAAGUUGAGAAUAGGUGCUCGUUCCUGGAGACCAAACUUCAGGGAAUUGGCCAUUUCCAAAACAGCAUCCGAGAGAUGUUCUCUCAGUUUGCAGAGUUUGAUGAUGAACUUGAUAGCAUGGCUCCAGUGGGGAGAGAUCUCAAGGUGCUGCAAUCACAGAGAGAGGACAUAAAAUGUUUCAUGAAAAAGCUGGGGGAUCUUAUAAUGAAUAAUGAAAAUGCUAAUAAAAACUGUAAAAUUAUGCUGGCCACAGAAGCUGAAGCUUCUCCUGAUCUUGUUGGUAUUAAGAGAGACUUGGAAGCUCUAAAUAAACAGUGCAACAAGCUACUAGACAGAGCAAAAGCCAGGGAAGAUCAAGUGGAUGGUACUAUUUGCCGUGUUGAGGAGUUUUACACUAAGCUAAAAGAAUUUUCCACUCUGCUUGGGAGAGCUGAAGAACAUGAAGAGUCACAAGGUCCUGUUGGAAUGGAAACAGAGGCUAUUAAUCAGCAGCUGAAUACAUUCAAGGUAUUCCAGAAAGAAGAAAUUGAACCCUUACAAGUAAAACAACAGGAAGUAAAUUGGUUGGGUCAGGGCCUUAUUCAGAGUGCUGCUAAAAGUACCAACACAGAAAACCUUGAACGUGACCUUGAAGAUGUCAACACCCGAUGGAAGACUCUUAAUAAGAAGGUUGCCCAGCGUGCUGCGCAAUUGCAGGAAGCUCUCCUCCACUGUGGGAGAUUUCAGGAUGCCCUUGAAUCUCUGCUUAGCUGGCUCAUUGAUACAGAAGAUCUUGUGGCUAAUCAGAAACCACCAUCUGCUGAAUUCAAAGUUGUCAAAGCCCAAAUACAAGAACAGAAGCUUCUGCAGAGGCUGCUGGAUGACCGCAAGCCAACUGUUGAGGCAAUCAAGCGUGAAGGGGAGAAAAUUGCGGAGUCAGCGGAGCCUGCUGAUAGAGCGAAAAUCUUGAAACAGUUGAGUUUCCUGGACAGUCGAUGGGAUGCCUUGCUCAGUAAAGCUGAAACAAGGAACCGUCAGCUGGAAGGCAUCUCAGUGGUAGCGCAGCAGUUCCAUGAAGCUCUGGAGCCACUGGUGGAGUGGCUGACAACCACAGAGAAGAGGCUUGCAAAUGCAGAACCCAUUGGAACACAGGCCUCCAAACUGCAGCAGCAGAUUUCUCAGCAUAAAGCCCUAGAAGAUGAUGUCCUAGCUCACAAUAAGAGUUUACAUCAGGCCAUUAGUGCUGGUCAGUCUCUAAAGACUAUGAGCUCCAGGGAAGAUAAAGAUAUGGUGCAGGAAAAGCUAGAUUCUGCUCAGGCACGAUACAUUGAAAUUCAAGAGAAGAGCAACAGCAGGUCUGAACUUCUCCAGCAAGCUUUCAGCAAUGCUCAGAUUUUUGGGGAGGACGAAGUUGAAUUGAUGAACUGGCUGAAUGAAAUCCAUGACAAACUGAACAAAUUGUCAGUCCAAGAUUGCAACACAGAAUUGCUUGAGAAACAGCACUCUGAAUUACUGGAUCUUCAGGAAGAGAUUCUUCUUAGAAAACAAAAUGUUGAUUUGGCUAUACAAAAUGGCUUAGAGCUUCUCAAGCAAACAACAGGUGAUGAAGUUGUAAUUGUUCAGGAUAAACUGGAAGGCAUUAAAGCGAGAUACAGAGAUAUUACAAAAUUAAGUUCUGAUGUAUCCAAGACUUUAGAGCAGGCUCUGCAGCUUGCAGACCAACUGCACUCAACUCAUGAGGAACUCUGCAAAUGGCUUGAUGAAGUAGAGAUGGAGUUACUCUCAUAUGAAACUCAAAUACCAAAGGGUGAAGAAUUAAGCCAAGUACAAGAAAGGCAAAAAGAGCUGAAAAAAGAAGCAAAGAACAACAAAGGCUUAGUGGACACUCUGAAUGAAGUUGGCAGUGCCUUCCUGGAGCUGGUGCCAUGGAGGGCCAGAGAGGGGCUGGACAAGAUGAUAACGGAGGACAACGAACGUUACAGAUUAGUGAGUGACACAAUCUCUCAGAAGGUGGAUGAGAUUGAUGCUGCCUUCCUGAGAUCCCAGCAGUUUGAUCAAGCAGCUGAUGCUGAAUUUGCCUGGAUUGCAGAAACAGAAAAGAAACUGAUGUCUCUGGGUGAUAUUAGGCUUGAGCAAGACCAGACCACUGCUCAGCUGCAAGUUCAAAAGGCUUUUACCAUGGAGAUUUUAAGGCACAAAGAUACUAUAGAUGAACUUGUUAAAUCUGGGGAUAAGAUUAUGAAAACAUGCACCGAAGAAGAGAAACAGACGAUGAAGAAAAAAAUUGAAAGCCUCUUACAGAAAUAUGAUCAAGUCUGUCAAAUGAACUCAGAGAGAAACCUCCAGCUGGAACGGGCUCAGUCCCUAGUUAACCAGUUCUGGGAGACGUACGAAGAGCUUUGGCCAUGGUUAACUGAAACAGAAAUGAUCAUCUCUCAGCUUCCUGCGCCAGCCCUUGAAUAUGAAAUAUUAAAGCAACAACAAGAAGAACAUAGGCAACUGCGUGAGCUGAUUGCUGAGCACAAGCCUCAUAUAGAUAAGAUGAACAAAACUGGGCCUCAGUUGCUGGAGCUGAGCCCGGGAGAAGGCUUUUCUAUCCAAGAGAAGUAUGUGGCAGCUGACACCCUUUACAGUAAAAUUAAGGAAGAUGUCAAAAAGCGAGCACUGGCACUGGAUGAAGCCAUUUCUCAGUGUACCCAGUUUCAUGACAAGAUAGAUCCAACUCUGGAGAGUCUGAAGCGCAUAGCUGAACGUCUGAGGCAGCCACCUUCGAUCUCGGCAGAGGUUGAGAAGAUAAAAGAGCAGAUCAGUGAAAAUAAGAAUGUAUCAGUGGAUCUGGAAAAACUUCAGCCAGUGUAUGAGACACUUAAACAGAGAGGGGAGGAAAUGAUUGCUCGCUCAGAAGGCGCUGAUAAGGACAUGUCUGCUAAAGCUGUUCAAGAUAAACUAGACCAAAUGGUCCUAAUUUGGGAAGACAUCCAGACCCUGACUGAGGAAAGAGAGGCAAAACUGUUGGAUGUAAUGGAACUAGCUGAAAAGUUUUGGUGUGAUCAUAUGGCUCUUGUAGCUACUAUUAAAGAUACUCAGGACUUCAUUCGAGAGCUGGAGGGACCUGGGGUAGACCCAUCUGUAGUCAAGCAACAGCAAGAAGCUGCAGAGGCUGCUAAAGAAGAAAUUGAUGGACUACAAGAAGAACUAGAAGCAGUUGUGAGCCUUGGCUCUGAGCUGAGAGCUGCUUGUGGAGAGCCUGACAAACCUAUUGUCAACAAGAGUAUAGAUGAGCUCAAUUCUGCCUGGGAUGCAUUGAACAAAACAUGGAAAGAACGUGUGGAUAAGCUUGGGGAAGCUAUGCAGGCAGCUGUUCAAUACCAAGAUGGACUACAGGCAUUAUUUGACUGGGUAGACAUUGCUGGAAGCAAGUUAGCAUCUAUGUCCCCAGUGGGAACAGAUCUGGAGACAGUGAAGCAGCAAACAGAGGAACUUAAGCAAUUUAAGACAGAAGCUUAUCAGCAGCAGAUAGAAAUGGAAAGACUGAACCAUCAGGCAGAACUAUUGCUAAAGAAGGCAACACAAGAGAGUGACAAGCACACUGUUCAAGACCCUCUCUCGGAGCUCAGACUAUUGUGGGACAGCCUAGAAGACAAAAUUAUAAGUAGACAGCACAAGCUGGAAGGUGCCUUGUUGGCCUUGGGGCAGUUCCAGCAUGCCCUGGAUGAGUUACUGGCAUGGCUGACACAUACAGAAGACUUGCUGAAUGAACAGAAACCCGUGGGUGGAGACCCCAAGGCUAUUGAAAUUGAACUUGCCAAACAUCAUGUACUACAAAAUGAUGUUUUCGCUCAUCAGUCUACGGUGGAAGCUGUUAAAAAAGCAGGAAAUGACCUGAUUGAAUCAAGUGCUGUUGAAGAAGCAAGUAAUUUACGGAGCAAGUUGGAACUCCUGAAUCAGCGCUGGCAAAACUUGUUGGAAAAAACAGAGCAAAGGAAACAGCAGCUGGAUAGUGCCUUGAUCCAGGCUCAAGGUUUCCAUGGUGAAGUUGAGGAUCUGCAGCAAUGGCUGACAGACACUGAACGUCAGCUGUUGGCAUCAAAACCUGUUGGAGGCUUACCAGAAACAGCAAGAGAGCAGCUUAAUUCACAUAUGGAACUUUGUGCUGCCUUUGAGGCUAAAGAAGAGACAUACAAGUGUCUAAUGCAGAAAGGCCAGCAGAUGCUUGCAAGAUGCCCAGAGUCGGCUGAAACAAACGUUGAGCAGGACAUAAAUAACUUAAAAGAAAAAUGGGAAUCCGUGCAAACAAAACUCAGUGAAAGAAAAACCAAACUGGAAGAAGCCCUCAAUUUAGCAAUGGAGUUCCACAACUCACUUCAAGAUUUCAUCAACUGGCUUACUCAGGCUGAGCAGACUCUAACUGCAGCUUCUCGGCCAAGUCUUAUCUUGGACACUGUCUUAUUUCAAAUUGAUGAACACAAGGUUUUUGCCACAGAAGUGAACUCUCAUCGAGAUCAGGUCAUAGAGCUGGACAAAACUGGAACCCAUUUGAAAUAUUUCAGCCAGAAACAGGACGUUGUCCUUAUUAAGAAUCUGCUGAUUAGUGUACAGAGUCGAUGGGAAAAAGUAGUCCAACGCUUAGUUGAAAGAGGAAGAGCUUUGGAUGAUGCAAGGAAAAGAGCCAAACAGUUUCAUGAAGCCUGGCAUAAACUUAUGGAAUGGCUGGAAGAAUCAGAGAAAUCUCUGGACUCAGAUCUUGAAAUUGCAAAUGACCCUGACAAAAUAAAGAUGCAGCUUGCACAGCAUAAGGAAUUCCAGAAAUCUCUUGGUGCCAAACAUUCUGUGUAUGAUACCACAAAUAGGACUGGACGUUCCUUGAAAGAGAAAACCACCUUGGCUGAUGACAAUUUGAAACUUGAUGACAUGCUGAGUGAACUAAGAGAUAAAUGGGAUACAAUUUGUGGAAAGUCAGUGGAAAGACAAAAUAAACUGGAGGAAGCCCUGAUAUUUUCAGGACAGUUUACUGAUGCUCUGCAAGCUCUCAUUGACUGGUUAUACAAAAUUGAACCUCAACUAGCAGAAGACCAACCAGUACAUGGAGACAUCGAUUUAGUAAUGAACCUGAUUGACAACCACAAGGUUUUCCAGAAGGAGCUGGGAAAAAGAACAAGCAGUGUCCAGGCUCUGAAGCGCUCUGCAAGGGAGCUGAUAGAAGGCAGUCGUGAUGACUCUUCCUGGGUCAAAGUCCAAAUGCAGGAGCUAAGCACUCGCUGGGAGACAGUUUGUGCCCUGUCAGUAUCCAAGCAGACACGACUGGAACAGGCCCUUCGGCAGGCAGAAGAAUUCCACUCAGUUGUCCAUGUCCUUUUGGAGUGGCUGGCAGAGGCAGAGCAGGCUCUUCGUUUCCACGGCAUCCUUCCAGAUGAUGAAGAGGCCUUGCGAACACUGAUAGAGCAGCACAGGGAAUUUAUGAAGAAACUGGAAGAGAAAAAGGCAGAACUGAAUAAAGCAACAGGUAUGGGAGAAGCUAUUCUGGCUAUCUGCCAUCCAGACUCCAUCACCACCAUUAAGCACUGGAUAACAAUCAUCAGAGCCAGGUUUGAAGAGGUCUUAGCGUGGGCUAAACAACAUCAACAGCGACUGGCAGGAGCUCUGGCUGGACUCAUUGCUAACCAGGAGCUGCUGGAAGCCUUGCUGUCCUGGUUGCAGUGGGCAGAGACUACACUAACUGAGAAAGACAAAGAGGUUAUCCCCCAGGAGAUCGAGGAAGUUAAAGCACUUAUAGCUGAACAUCAGACAUUCAUGGAAGAAAUGACCAGAAAACAGCCUGAUGUGGAUAAAGUUACAAAGACCUACAAAAGGAAAGCACUUGAACCCUCUCCAGUACAAUCUCAUAUUCCUGUCCUUGAUAAGGGAAGAGCUGGAAGAAAGCGUUCCCCAACACCAGGCAUUUAUCCGUCAGCAGCCCAGGCACAAAUUGAAACCAAGAAUCCACGGGUAAACCUUUUAGUCAGCAAAUGGCAGCAAGUUUGGCUUCUGGCAUUGGAAAGAAGGAGAAAACUGAAUGAUGCUUUGGACAGACUUGAAGAGCUGAGAGAAUUUGCCAACUUUGAUUUUGAUAUUUGGAGGAAAAAAUACAUGCGAUGGAUGAACCAUAAGAAGUCUCGCGUGAUGGACUUCUUUAGGAGGAUUGAUAAAGAUCAGGAUGGAAAGAUUACAAGACAGGAAUUUAUUGAUGGAAUUCUUUCUUCAAAGUUCCCUACAAGCCGACUUGAAAUGAGUGCUGUUGCAGACAUUUUUGAUAGAGAUGGUGAUGGGUAUAUUGACUAUUAUGAAUUUGUGGCAGCUCUUCAUCCAAACAAGGAUGCAUACAAGCCUCUCACAGAUGCUGACAAAAUUGAAGAUGAGGUUACAAGGCAGGUAGCGAAAUGUAAAUGUGCAAAACGGUUUCAAGUGGAACAGAUUGGGGAUAACAAGUACAGGUUCUUCCUGGGAAAUCAGUUUGGUGACUCUCAACAACUGCGUCUUGUUCGUAUCCUGAGAAGUACGGUCAUGGUCCGUGUUGGAGGUGGCUGGAUGGCGCUUGAUGAGUUCUUAGUGAAAAAUGAUCCUUGCCGUGCUAAAGGGAGGACAAACGUGGAGCUGCGUGAAAAAUUCAUUUUGGCAGAUGGUGCCAGUCAGAGCAUGGCCGCUUUCCGACCAAGGGGCCGUAGAUCACGACCCUCUUCAAGAGGUGCUUCUCCCAACAGAUCUACUUCUCUGUCAAGUCAAGCUGGCCAGGCAGCUGCCCCACAAGCUGUUACUACAAGUACGCCGAAGACACCACAUCAUUUAACACGCAACUAUGGUAAACCAUGGUUGACAAACAGCAAAACAUCAACUCCUUCUAAGCCACCAGAAUCCUCAGACUAUCAAGGGUCAUCUGCAGAGGGAACACCAAUUCAAGGAAGUAAACUCAGACUGCCAGGGUAUCUAUCAGGGAAGGGUUUCCACUCAGGAGAAGACAGUGGCAUCCUGUCAACAGCAGCUACCAGAGUCAGAGCUCAGUUUGCAGACACCAGAAGAACUCCAAGCAGACCUGGUAGCCGAGCAGGAAGCAAGGCUGGCAGCAGGUCAAGCAGCCGCCGCGGCAGUGACGCGUCUGACUUUGACAUUUCAGAAAUCCAGUCUGUGUGCUCAGAUAUGUCAGAGACUGUUCCUGCUACAAGCAGGCCGACACCCCGAGCAGGUUCUCGGCCAGGAUCCGCCAAGCCUUCUAAAAUUCCAACCCCCCAGAGAAGGCCACUAGCCAGCAAAUCGGACAAGUCCUUGAAGAGAUAAUAUGAUUGGCUCCAUAAAGGUCUUUUCCUUUUGCAUUAAAUAUUUAAGUUCAUAAGAUGUAAAAUAUUAUGUAGAAAUUACUGUGAAAUAUUGCAAGAGGUGGAUUUUUAAUUCUGCAGAUGGCCUUAUUUGUGUAUUUGUCUUCUUAUUUUAUGUGUAUAAUUUUUGUCAGACUCUUUUUUGUUUUGCCAUAUCCUGUGAGAAGGGGAAGAGUUCUAAUGUAAACUAACAGUUGUACACAGUAACAUGUAGAAAGUACACUAAAAAUAAUUGCCGAAUGUACAGUGUACUGAAUGUACAGUAAGUCUGCAACCUCAAUAAAAAAGGCCUAUCACUAUGUCAUUAGUUAACAGUAAAGGAUACCUCAUGAUUUUUCUUUAAAAAAGAAAAAGAGAAUACUGAAAGCCAAAAGACACAAUUACACAUUUUGAGCUAAUUAAACAAACACUAAAUGAUGUAUGUCAAAACUACUAAGGAAUACAAACACACAUUCACAGUACCCUUAUUUAUACAGCAUCUCUCAAAAAACUCACAGAGUUAAUUAAGCACUUGCCAAUAAUAUGAUACUCCAAUACCUUGCAGCAUUUCUGUGCCAUUGCUUUCAAUGAGGCCAGACACAUUCUGGAUAUCUGAACUAUUAUUCUGUAAGAAUAUCAAUAUAAAGUGCAUUCAUGUAAAUGUGAGGUUUUCUUUUGCUUGAGUGGAUGGUAGCACUGUAUCAUUGAACUCAUUUUGUAUCAAAGCAAUUUUGCUUGCAGAAAGCUCAGAAAUAAACAUGUCCCUUAACUUUA